AGUGUGCUGGGUGUGCUCUUUAGGGGACGGGACCACGGGUGGCACGGCUUUGCUUAGUGUUGCGCAUGUGGGAACCCGGGUGGCAGACAAUGCGAAAGGCAGUGUUGAUGUGUGAACACGCGAUCCGAACCAGCGAUUGAUUCGACGCCUCCAGCCCUUUGUCAACACGAACCAGUAGAAGGUUCAGCUCCUCAUUGUUGUCGCUAAAAAACGAGCACUAGUCACAAUGAUAAUCGACACGAGCGCCAUUCGGGCAAGCGUCCCCAAACGAUUCAUUGUAACGAUCAUGAUUUUCGUCGCGUGCACGGCGUCGUUUAUGUUGCGUGUCCACAUGUCGAUCAAUCUGCUCGCCAUGGUACAACCCACCGUGACCGGUGCGAAUCGUAGCGCAGCGAUAGUCACGACCAACGCGACCUUGACCAACGGCGACGAUUUGGCAAACGGUACGCUUCCGACGACGGGCGGCGACGAAAACUCGUUCCUGCCCUUGAACGACACGGCCGGUGGAGAAACGGUGGUGCCGAUGGUUCCCAACUUUGGGCCCCGAUACGAGUGGAGCCAGAGUAUACAGAGCCACAUUUUGGGGGCCUACUUCUACGGCUACCUCCUGACGUCACUCCCGGCGGGACCGCUGGCGGAGCGCUACGGACCCCAGCGGCUGAUCGGUUAUUCGUUUCUGCUAUGCGCUGCCGUUACCGCGCUCUUCCCACUGCUCGCCAUGAUCGAUGCCACGGCCAUCAUCGCGGGACGGUUCCUGAUCGGCUUCCUGAGCGGGUGCGUUUACCCGACCCUGCACAACGUGAUCUCGCGCUGGAUUCCGCCGAACGAGAAGAGCAAAGCCGUCGCCUGCAUCGCCGGUGGCAGCACGUUUGGCACGGUCAUCACCUGGCCGUUUGCCGGCCUACUGACCGAGCAGUUCGGCUGGGUGUACGCGUUUUACGUGCCCGCGCUCAUGUCGGCCCUCGUUGGUCUCAUCUGGUUCUGGCUGGUGGCCGACGCGCCCAGCGAGCAUAAGACGAUAUCGAAGGAGGAGCGCGACCUCAUCGAGGCUUCAUUCGGCAACACGGUCUCCAAGAGCAAAGCCCGACCACCGAUCGGGGCCGUGCUCACCUCGUUGCCCUUCAUGGCGCUCGUGCUGUCGCACUACAGCAGCUUUUGGGGGCUCAACUUCUUCGUCACGCAAGCGCCAAAGUUUAUGAACGAGGUGCUCGGCUUCAAGCUGGCCAAUGCCGGAUUUCUCUCCAGCCUGCCGUACGUGGCGCGCAUGUUUUCCGGCUUUCUGUUUGGUUUCAUCGGGGACCUGCUGCGACGUCGGGAGGCCAUGAGUGUGACGGCUUUACGCAAAUCGUUUACCGUUUUCUCUCACUUCCUGCCGGGUGCGUUCCUGGUGGCGCUCCCGUUUCUGGCGCGUGAUCCGAUCGUCACCGUGUCGUGUAUAAUCGCGUGCCUCGGGUUUAAUGGCGCGUCAACGAUCACCAACCUGGUGAAUGCGCAGGACCUGGCCCCCAACUUUGCGGCCACUUUGUACGGGUUGAUGAACUUCCUCGCGACAACGGCCGGCUUUCUAGCGCCCAUGAUGGUGGCGUAUUUCACGAAGGAGAAGAACACGAUGGACGAAUGGAAGUACGUGUUUCUCAUCACGGCCGGUUUCUACAUCGCAUCCGGGGCCAUUUUCACCAUCCUCGGUUCGGGCAAGGUGCAGAAAUGGAACGAAAUCAAGGAGCCUCCCACGGAGUCGCCGACCCCGGCAAUACAGAGCGUGCGGUUGUGAGGAGCGGUGUAUCCGGGCCGGAUGGGCCGGAACCAACAACGACAGUGCCUUUAAUAAUUUUAUCUGUUUUAGUGUGAGCAUCGGACA